AUGGGCAGUGAAGGAGUUGACGCCGGGAUCUUGUCCAGCCGGUCCAUUUCAAGUGAAUCAAUGCCCUCGCUGGCUUCUGCCGAUGAUUCCAGUAGUACGCUCGAUAUGUCUAGCGUGUCUCCCGCCACCAUCCGAUCACCUUCUGCAUCUGAACAUCGGCUUCGCCAAAUAGCGAGUUCCGAGGACUGCAGCAGCCAUCACCCACUUCUGCCCGUAGACGACGAGGAGGACAACUGUGAUGACUACAGCGGAACCACGACCCCAGACUUGGUCAUUUCACCCCCGUCAAGACUAGAACGGAGAUCCAUGGUUGCCGGCAAGAAACAGAAACCCCCAACCAGUUCGUUCAAGUCCAGUCUGACGGCCUCGUUGAGAGCUCUGAAAUCCGCGGCGCAAACAGUCACGACGAAUCUCACCACAAUCCCGCCCCUAGUCCAGCCGGACGAUUUCUUGUCGAGAUCCAUUUUCGACUUUCAGCCCUCGUUGACCGACGAUCGCCGUCCACCGCCCUCAGACGAGCCUCCUUCGGCCGCUCUGCGGAGGUAUCUCAAUCCGCACACCUUUGUCCCACCUGACUCUCCCGCCCAGUUGCAUUUCUGGGUUGACGAGAAACAGACGCCCGGUCCGGACCGGAAGGAAGACGCCAGACCUAAACUGAAAAUCAAGCGGAAAUACCAAAAGCAAAAGGGGCAAAAACCAUCGUCUUUUUCUGUCGACGACCAAGGCAGACUAACAGAUCCAUCGAGAUCCCAACUCCCUCCCGUUGUCCCGCUAGCGACUUGCAUCCCGUCGAGUAUACGGACCGCCCAUGCGUCGAGUCCGCCGACAUGGCUCGAACCCGACGGCACGCCCAGUAACAAGCAUCGCGCCGCUCAAGCCCUUUGGGACGAGACUACGUGUCAAGAAGGCCCAGCAGCAGCAGCAGCAGCAGCCGCCGGCGGACUCGGACAGCCUCGACCCCGCGAGCCACGCGAAAACCGCGAUUUCUUGCGCAUUUUCGUCUGCGAGAUGAAUAUGCGCAAGGCGGGCAAAUUGAGUCCCGACGCCUUAGGCCACGCCAAGCUGUGGCUGCCGCCUGUGGAUGAAGGCCGUUGCGACAAAAUUACCAAGAACCAGAAUGGCUCUUCUACAUCCGGAUGUCCUGGAAAGGUAGACAAGUCGUCUUGUAACACUACCACUGGAAUGGGGCAGAGGACAACCACUGGCAGGAAAUCCGCCGGGGACCGAUGGACAAGUCUGUCCGCCGACGAUUUGUAA